UUUUUUGCUCAAAAAAUGUUUAAAUUAUUUAAUUAUUUUCUACUUCUUUAUUUAAUUAAUUCAAUUUCUUCUACAAACUUAACUCACUUCAGUGAAACUCAAAUUUGGGGAUUUCUUCGUUCUGUGCCUCGACACAAACUUCAAACAAAAUGUGCUUUAAGUUUAGAUAGAGUAGAACGGUUUUUAACUGAUUUGAGAACUUUGGAAGAGCAAAGACUAUUUUUUUCUGAAUCUUUUAGUAUUGGGGAUUAUCAACAAUUUAUAAGUAGAGAUCAAGACAGAUGGCUUUACAAUGCUUUUAUGUGUAUAAAAGCAGCUGGAGAGAGUAGUUAUAGUGCUUCUGAAUAUCCUUUACAUUAUUGUUAUGGAAAUGAUAUACCUUUUGAUAAAAAUUUACGUAAAACUUCUUAUGGAAUGUGUAUUCCAAGUACUUGUAGUUAUGAAAAUGACCGGAUGGAGUUAUUAAUUGAAUGGCAAAAGAUUGCUAAUCCUUAUAAAGAAAUAAAUAACAAUUCUUUUGUGGAAUUUGGGGAUUGUACAAAAUCUAGACACGAAAAACAAUGGUGGGAACAGUCUAUACCUUUGGUUCAUUUUGGUUCUGAUAUAUUUCUUGUAGCAAUUGUUGGGAUAGCUACAGCAAUACAUUGCCGGAGAGGAGAUGUUAAUCAACAAAGAAAACAAAUGGACGAAAAUGAAGUUGGAAAUAAAAAGCAAAAGUUGGCACUAGAAUUACUUUUAUGUUUUUCUGCUAAAAAGAAUUUUCAAAAACUUGUUCAAAUGCCAAAAGAAAGAAUGAGUACAAUAACUUGUUUUUUUGGUUUACGUUUUGGGGCAAUGUGUUGGACACUUGUUGGGCAUUCUUUUAUUUUUGUACAGGCAUUUUUAAGUAAUGUUGAUGAAUUGAAAAACGAAUUGGUUGAUCAUUUUUGGAAUCAAUGGAUAACUAAUUUUACUCUUUCUGUGGAUGUAUUUCUUGUACUUUCUGGUACUUUAACUGCUUAUAGUUGGUUUAAACGUUGGCAAGGAGGAGGCGGGGGAGGAAGAGGAGUCACAGAAAUUCCAAGUUGGACUUCUUGGGGUUAUUGGCUUCGUUUUUAUCGUCACAGGGUUGUACGUCUAUGGCCAGCUUAUAUAUUCACUUUAAUUGCUGUAACUGUUCGUGUUAGUAUUACUCAUUACCAUCCAAUGUGGCCACCAACAGAUCCAGCAGUUCAAUGCCCUAAACAUUGGAUAGAAAAUGUUCUUUUUAUUAAUUCUUUAACUGAUAAUCGUUGUAUGCCUUGGACUUGGUAUAUUGGAACAGAAUUUCUUUUUUAUUUACUUUCUCCAAUAUUUUUGCUUUCACUUUUACAAUGUCCGAAGGCAGGGAUUUUACUUUGUUUUGCAAUUUCUUGUCUUUCUUCAAUACUUAAUGUUGUCACAAUGAUUAGAUAUAAUUUUCCUCCGACACAAAUGCUUUGGAAACAGCCAAAUAUUUUCUCUCCAGAUUUUAUUUUGCAUCAUUUAGUUAUUUAUAUCAAACCUUGGUAUAGAAUUGGGCCUUAUCUUGUUGGAAUUGUUUUGGGAUAUAUUUUGGCCCAACAUUCCCUUUCUUCACAUAAAAGAUCUCCAACUUCAACAACAUUCUGUUCUCCUCAUUCUCGUAGUUUUAAAAUUACUGGUUGGUUAUUAGCAAUAAUUUUUGGGUUUUGGUCAGUUUUUGGACUUUAUCCAGCACUACAAGGAUGGAAUUGGCCAUUUUAUCAUUUAUUUUAUGGAGCUGUUUCUCGUACAGUUUUUGCUAUAUCUCUUGGAUGGAUUAUUUAUGCUUGCCAUACAGGAAUUGGAGGGCCUUUAAAUUAUGUGCUUAGUUCAAGUCCAUUUGUUCCCCUUUCAAAUCUCUCUUACAGUGCUUAUUUAUUUCAUAUGAUUCCUGUUGUUUUUACUUAUGUUGUUUCUCCAUUUCCAAUGCAUUUUGAUUCAAAAGCAGAAAUAUUUGGACAUUGUCUUGUACAAUUAGUUAUUGCAUAUGCUUAUGGUGUUCUUUGCAAUUUAUUAGCCGAACUUCCUGCAUUGAAUAUUGAACGAAUAUUUUUGGGCACUUCUUCUACAGGUGUAAAUAAAACAAGCAAAACAACAACAAACCUACAAAAAUCAAUAAAAAACGGAAAUAACACAAUAAACAAUGGCCUAAAAGGUAAUAUUCAGUGCUGUACGGAUAUAGAAGAAAAACGUUCAAUUUCAACGACAACAACGACUGCUGCUCCAUCGCCUAUUGUUUCGGCUAUUGUGAAAGCAGAAGAAAGUACAGCAACAAUAAAAGUACCAACAGAAACAGUGUCAACAAAUUUGGCACAAGAAAAAGAAGGAGAAGAAGAUAGUAAUAGUAUAAGUAAUGAAGAAUAA